AUGCAGACUGCUUCUACAAACAUUUGUGAAAGAAUGGGUCACUCUCAGGAGCUCAGUGAAUUCAAGCAUGGUACCGUGAUAGGUUGCCACCUGUGCAAUAAGUCCAUCCGUGACAUUUCCUUGCUACUAAAUAUUCCACGGCCAACUGUUAGUGGGAUUAUACCAAAGUGGAAGCAACUGGGAAUAAUAGCAACUCAGCCACAAAGUGAGCGAGGUCAGCACAUGUUGAAGCACACAGUACGCAGAAGUCACCAACUGUCUGAAGAGUCAAUAGCUAAAGACCUCAGAACUUCGUAUGGCCUUCAUAUUAGCACAACUACAGUGCAUAGAGAUCUUCAUGGAAUGUGUUUCCAUGGC